UUAUUGUGUUUAUAUAUCUUGCAUUCUCUGUAUGAAGGAAUUGAACAAGGAAUUGACCCGAAAGCUUGAAGCUCAAACACAGAGAUUAGAGCUAUUGACAGCUCAAACUAUGGCAAAUGAUAAUAUCCCAGCAAGACAGUUAGAUCCUCGCAUUGUGCGGGACGAAACUCCAUUUGCGGAUGAAGGAGAUGAGGUGGUGGAGAGGGUAUUGGGAUGGAUCAUGAAGCUUUUUCCUGGAGGACCGUCAAGACGGAGAACCAGCAAGCUGCUUUGAUUUUACAGUCGAGGGUGUCCUGAACAAAGCUUCUAAGAAUAUUUUCCCUUGUACUUCCUACCCUGUAUUCUGGUGGCAAAAUGGAGGCUGCAGUCUGUAUAUUUGAGUGACCCUUAUUGUUCCAGAAGGAAAAAAAGGUUGUCUUCACAGGAGGCCUUAUUCCUCGAAUACGAGGUGAUUGAUAACUGUUGCAGAUAUUGCAAUAAAGAUAGUCCUGCAUCAAACAUUUUGAAGCCUGUUAAAUGUUGGGGACAUUGGUUAUCUAGGAGAGUGGAAAGUUUGAAGAAACUAGAGAUGCAAUGUGUUUGUGAUGGAUUACAAUAGUAAUGGUGUGGAGAUGGGGUAGGGUGGGGGUUAGGGUUUUUAGCUUUAAGUUACAUUUUUUUUUUUUUGUUUUUGUUUUUGUAUGUGAAAAAUAUGGGUGUAUUGACCCAAAGUAUGAAAAGAGUAAUAUUUGCUUUGAAA